ACCCGCCAAACAUCGUCUUCUUUCUUGUGGUUCCUAUAAGAAGGAUUUCAACACCGCCAACCCUUCUCUCUCUUCUCACCUUCCUUCUCCCGUCUCUGUUUUCCGGUCGCCGCCGCCGGCACCGACCUAAUCUGAAACACAAUGCAGAUUCACUCUCUUCGCAUCCCCCUCCGCGGCCCCGCCCCCGGACGCUUCUCCGAUCGUUCCUUCCCCUUCCUCGGUCCUCCUCCUCUCUGUUCCCGCCGCCCCACUCCUCCUCGCCGCUUCCCGGCGGCGGCGGCUCAAGCCUCGUCGAGCCCGCGCUUCCUGGAGGCGAAGCGCGGUCGGGAUCGGUUCGUCGCUGCUUGCGUUAUCCCUAGCCAUGAGAUUGCCGAGGACGAAGCUGAGACGUCCACCGGAAGUGGCGACGGUGCUCCCCUGCCGCCGCCGCCGUCGUUUGGCGAGGAGGCGGAGGCGGAGGCGAAGAGGAGUGGACUCUCGGACCAGAGUUUGUGGGAUCAAAUGAAGGAGAUUAUGGUGUUCGCGGGCCCGGCGACUGGUUUAUGGAUUUGCGGGCCGUUGAUGAGUCUGAUUGACACUGCCGUCAUCGGUCAGGGAAGCUCGAUUGAGCUCGCUGCGCUAGGUCCUGGAACAGUUCUUUGCGAUUAUAUGAGCUACGUGUUUAUGUUCCUCUCAAUUGCUACCUCGAAUACGGUAGCUACUGCUCUGGCAAGACAGGAUAAAGAUGGGGUGCAGCAUCAAAUAUCAAUCUUGCUCUUUGUUGGAUUGACUUGUGGCUUCUUGAUGCUCUUCUUCACCAAAUUUUUUGGUUUAUGGGCAUUAACUGCUUUUGCUGGGCCAAAGAAUGUGCAUAUUGUCCCUGCAGCAAAUACUUAUGUUCAGAUUCGAGGCUUAGCAUGGCCAGCAGUUCUCAUUGGUUGGGUUGCUCAAAGUGCAAGCCUAGGCAUGAAAGAUUCAUGGGGACCCCUGAAGGCUCUGGCCAUUGCCAGUGCCAUAAAUGGAAUUGGUGAUAUCGUCCUCUGCAGCGUGUUAGGUUAUGGCAUCGCUGGUGCAGCAUGGGCAACAAUGGCUUCACAAGUUGUUGCAGCUUAUACGAUGAUGGCUGCUCUAAACAAGAAAGGAUACAAUGCGUUUGCAAUAUCUGUACCAUCAGCUGAUGAACUUUUGUCAAUACUCGGGCUUGCUGCUCCCGUGUUCAUAACAAUGAUCUCAAAGGUGGCCUUUUAUGCACUUCUUACAUACUUUGCUACAUCUAUGGGCACAAUUACUGUGGCUGCUCAUCAGGUAAUGGUUCAAACAUUUUGCAUGUGUACGGUAUGGGGUGAGCCUUUAUCUCAAACCGCACAAUCAUUUAUGCCUGAGCUAAUAUAUGGAGUCAAUCGGAGUCUGGAAAAGGCGCGAACAUUGCUGAAGUCUCUUGUGAUCAUUGGCUGCAUACUUGGAAUCGUUUUGGGAGGCAUUGGAACACUUGUGCCUUGGCAGUUUCCUAACAUCUUUACACCCGAUCAAACUGUUAUACAAGAGAUGCACAAGGUGCUAAUUCCAUACUACAUGGCAUUAGCCAUCACACCCCCCACACACUGCCUCGAGGGUACAUUGCUGGCUGGACGAGAUCUUAGAUUUGUCAGUGUCUCCAUGAGCGGAUGCUUUACUCUGGGCGCUCUUCUGCUGUUGCUCGUGAGCAGUAAAGGGUUGGGUUUGGCAGGAUGUUGGUAUGCACUAUCUGGAUUUCAAUGGGCUCGGUUCUUUCUCGCUCUACGGCGCCUUACUUCUGCCAACAGUGUACUGUACACGGAAGAUCUGAGCCGUUUUAAACUGCAGAAGCUAAAAGCUACUUAGCUUAUAAAUCAGUCAAUGAGGCAUGUGCUCGGUAUUAAUACUUGACUGAUCAUCUGGAUAAGGUGCCACCACGUGACUUCUCGUGCUUCUCAGCCAUCUAAUUUACCAGUUGUAUGAUGCGUGGUCAAUCUGUUUCCUCUCAUUGGGUUAGGGUUAUUCUAUUCUUUGUGCCUCGAAGAGGCCAAGAGAAUUAAGCAAGGUAGUUCCUUAGAGCUCUCUUUUGCUUCUUCUACAGAAAAAUGGGGGUCUGUAAUGUACCAUAUUAGUAUAGACAAUAGGAUUACCUCUUGGAGGUGAUACGACUGAGAUUACUUCUCUUGUACUCUUAAAGCUAUUUAUUCAAAUCUGGCUCCAAUCUCGA